UGUGCGUUUGAGAACCACCCAUGGGGUUUAAAGUAGGCUACUGUUAGUUGCCUACAAAACAUCUCGCUAUACUUCAUGCACGAGACGCACGCAGCAACAUGGCAGACGGACGGAUUUGUAUGGAAAUAUUUGAAGUCGAAGAUUUCCUUCGGAAUCCUCCAAAUGGAUUUAGAGUGGAAAGUCGGGGUUCUGGGCACACACUUGUGAAGUCCGACCCAAAUAGCUGUUGCGUGUUCAUCGACGAAUUUAACUUGGACAAAAGAAAAGUUAUCUUCCAGUUUUCGACGGGAAGAGAGUUUGUGAUCGACAAUCUGGGCAACUACACAAAGAUGAGGGAAAAAAUUACUUCACAACAAAUUUAUCUGCUGGCAUCUGCUAGUGAUAUCAGUUCACUAAAGGGUGAAACAAUAUAUCGAACUGCUGAAGUGAGCACAUACUUUAUAGUGGUGUUAAAUGGGAAACACCCCUUAGUCAAAUGGCAAAUGGAAAAAGGACUUGAUCGGGCAAUUUCUUCAGUGGCAGGAGAAAGCUACAACGUGGAAAUCGACCUGAGCCAAGCAUUGCAGAGUUGGGUGGAGAGAAGGGAAAAUGUUCUGCCCAGUGCUUUAAAGGGGAAGUCUUGGACAGAUUGUUCCUUUAGCCUCAAGUACCAUUCGGAUGCCCUGUUCGACAUUCCCUUCUGGUUUGGCCUGAGUAACCGCCAUUUUAAGAUAACUUAUGAAUAAUGAUACUUCAAGGCAAGGCUAUUCUCCUUGGAUGGAGUAGCCUAGAUGUCAUCUGGCUGGGUCAUUCCACGAAAUCGGUGCCUUUUCAACUUUAAAAAUGUGAAAAAUAUAAUUGUUUCAAACUGAUUUUUUUCAAUGCCCAUUUAAUUAACACAUCUUAACAUGACAAGAAAUUGUGUAGGGUAGUAACAGGACUGAUGGUAACAGGACUGAUGAGUUCAUGCUAAAUUGCUCCUUUCUAGCUAACAGGUAAGGUUAGGGAGGCACAUGGUAUGUAAUCUGAAAGGUUAUUACUUCUAGAUAUUGGUAAUAUCAGUAUUCAUAAAUAAUUGUUUAUAUAAAAAUGGUAACAGGACUGAUGUUGUAUGCUCGCCCCUCUCUCACAACACUGAUAAAACAUGAAAAAAGGACAUUUAAUAUUUAAUUUAGUAACAGGACUGAGAUAAAAUUAAGGGACAAUGAUAAAUGACUUAUAUUUUCUAAGAAAUCAUAUCUAUUUAUGUCAAAAUCAUUGCUUAACAAUGAUAUUACACUUAAGACAAUAUAAAACUGUGAAAAUUGUAU